AUGGAGGUACCUACUUCAUGGGAUUCUCUUCGCAAACAGGCAAGAAAACUUGAAGCUCAAUUGGAUGAGCAGAUGAAUGUUUAUCGUAAAUUAGUUUCUACCAACGUUUCGACAAAAGGUGAUGCUGCAGAGAGUGAUGUAGAGUCUUGGAUUGAGCGGUUAAUAAAACAACUCCAACAAGUAAACUCACAUAUGCAAGCUUGGGUGUCAUCUGGUGGUUCAGAUAUGGUUUCUCAUACUUUGACUAGACACCAAGAAAUUCUUCAAGAUCUUGCACAGGAAUUUUAUCGUCUUCGCUCAAGUCUUCGAGCAAAGCAAGAACAUGCUUCACUUUUAGACGAUUUUAAAGAAUUUGAUAGGUCAAGAUUAGACUUGGAAGAGGGUGGUGAAUCUGAACAGCAUACGCUCCUAAAAGAGCAUGCAUCUAUCAGUCGAAAUACCGGACAUAUGGACGGUGUAAUUUCACAAGCACAAGCAACACUAGGAGCACUUGUCUUUCAACGUUCAACAUUUGGUGGCAUCAAUUCAAAGCUCAGCAACGUGAGCAGUCGCCUCCCAACGGUAAGUAACAUACUCUCGGCAAUAAAGCGAAAAAAGUCAAUGGAUACCCUUAUACUUUCUCUUGUGGCAUCUGUAUGCACAUUUCUCAUUUUGAUCUACUGGAUAACCAAAUGA